CGAUAACAGACUGAUAGUGAAGAUGGUCGCGUCAACUCGUUGGGGGCAAUGUGGGUUUUGCAAAGAUAACGCCUAUUUACCUUCCUGCUUACCCACAGCUAUGAGGGCACGUUAGCGUUUUAAAAUGUUCAGACGGAAGAACGUAUGGUACUUUCUGUGGAUUUUCCCCGUUGUAGUCAUUGUAUGCAAUCAGCAAUUGCCACCGCAUACAGUAAAUGUGGCACUAAACAAGCCUGCAACUCAACCGGGAAACUUAGACGAUACACAAUGGUGCCAUAAAGAGACUGGUGCAGUCUGUGGUGUCAAAAAGGCAAACCUGUCCGUGGAUGGGAAUAUAGACACACAAUACUGGAAAGGUUCCUGCUCUCACGUCGCUAUACAAGACAAUCCCUGGUGGCAGGUGGACCUGGGGCAGGUGUAUAACAUCUCCUGGAUCAAGAUAUACAACAGAGCACGAAGUGAGGACCGAGUAAACUCGAUGAAAGUAACAGUGGGGAACACGACCUGUUAUACACACAAUUCAUCGAUAAAUGCGACUACCACGAUGGACAUCAGAUGUGAUAACGUGACGCAAGGCCGGCUACUUAAUGUGAGUCUGACGUCUGGUCAAAAGCUGAGUCUGUGUGAAGUACAAGUACUGGUAUGUGACGACCAUUGGUUUGGACCCAACUGCUCGAACCAGUGCCACUGUAUGAACAACGCCACCUGUGACAAGACUACCGGAUACUGUGGCAAGGGGUGUGGGGAUGGCUGGACUGGAAAUGACUGUCAGACAGAGUGCAAUAACUUCACGUUUGGUGUUAACUGUUCCAAGAAUUGUCACUGUGAUCAAAACACUACAUGUGCCAAGAUAACUGGCUACUGCAAGACCGGGUGUGCGGCUGGGUGGAUCGGGACUGGGUGUCAGACAGCGUGCCAGAACAACACGUUUGGCCUAAACUGCACCCACCAGUGUCACUGUAUGAACAACACUAGAUGUGAAAAGACAACAGGCUGCUGCCAGAACGGAUGUGCAGCAGGGUGGACCGGGAAUGUCUGCCAGACAGAGUGUAAUAACUACACGUUUGGUGUCAACUGUUCCGAGAAUUGUCACUGUGAUCAAAACAGUACAUGUGCCAAGACAACUGGCUACUGCAAGAAUGGAUGUGCGGCGGGAUGGAUCGGAAAUAGCUGUCAGACAGCGUGCCAGAACAACACGUUUGGCCUAAACUGCACACACCAGUGUCACUGUAUGAACAACACUAAAUGUGACAAGACAACAGGCUACUGCCAGAACAGAUGUUCAGCAGGGUGGACCGGGAAUGUCUGCCAGACAGAGUGCAAUACUUACACGUUUGGUGUCAACUGUUCCCAGAAUUGUCAUUGUGAUAAAAACACUACUUGUGAUAAGACAACUGGCUUCUGCGAGAACGGGUGUGCAGCAGGGUGGACGGGUUGCGGCUGCCAGACACAGUGCAACAAUUACACGUUUGGUGUCAACUGUUCCCAGAAGUGUCACUGUGACAAAAACACUAUCUGUGAUAAGGCAACAGGCUACUGUCAGAGCGGGUGUGCAGCAGGGUGGACGGGUGGCGACUGCCAUACAGAAUGCAGUAACUACAAGUAUGGUGACAACUGUUCCCAGACGUGUCACUGUAAGGAUAACACUACAUGUAACAAGACAACAGGCUACUGUCAGGGUGGAUGUGCAGCAGGGUGGGUUGGUGAUGGAUGCCAGACAGUGUGCAGUAACUCCACAUAUGGUAUCAACUGUAUCAACCAAUGCCACUGUAAGAGCAGUGGUGUUUGUGAGAAGACAACCGGACACUGUGAGAGUGGAUGUGCAGAUGGGUGGACAGGAGAAAGUUGUCAAAAACCGGAGACUGGUCUUAACCCGGCAGUUAUAGGAGGGGGUGUCGGAGGAGCUGUUGCUAUUUUGGUAGUGAUUGCUGGGAUAAUUAUUUACAAAAAAAGAGAUCUAAGCUCUGAGAAUAAUACAUCUGAAACAAAGGAUGAAGGAGGACUUAAUAUGCCUGAGAUUGAGAUGAGAAAACAAUCACAACCAGCUGCAGCUCCACACGUGGAUGACCCUGGGGCAGUGUAUGCCAACAUCCGGUCUCGGGCCGUCCGUGUCUCAGAACUUCAACAGUACAUUCAUGAACGAUAUGGCAUCGAUAAGGGAUUUGAAAACGAAUACAAUAUGUUCCCACCCGGAAAGCAACACCCCUGUGAUAUUGGCAACAGUUCCGGAAACAAGGGAAAGAACAGAUUCAUUGGAAUAUACCCUUAUGACCACUCCAGAGUUUUACUGAAGAAACUCCCAGGGAAAGAUCACUCAGACUACAUUAAUGCCAAUUAUGUGCAUGGAUACAACACCGAGAACGCAUACAUAGCAACCCAGGGUCCGAAUCCUGUCACACUUCCUGACUUCUGGAGAAUGAUAUGGGAACACGACAUCAAGCAGAUCGUUAUGCUGACCAACGUGUAUGAAACAGCGAAGAAAAAGUGUGAAGAAUACUGGCCUGAAGCUGGGAAACGUAAACCGUUUGAGAACAUCCUUGUCGUGAACAACGGAGAGACAGCACGAGCCGACUGGGUCAUCAGAAACAUGGAACUUAAACAUAAGAAGACAGGAGAGAAGAAGACAGUAUCCCAGUACCACUUCGUCACGUGGCCUGAUCAUGGCGUACCAUCAGCACCAGCCAUUGUCACCUUCUGGAAGAAAGUCUGUCAUGACGGACGUAGCGAGGAGUCGCCAUUGGUCGUCCAUUGCAGCGCUGGUAUUGGACGCACUGGGACAUUCAUUGGCCUGGAUUUCCUGUUUGACCAAGCUAAGGCUGAGGGUCGGGUAGACUUCUACCAUUGUAUACAGAAGAUGAGGGAAAACAGAGUCAAUAUGAUCCAGACAGCAGAACAGUACCGAUUCCUCCAUGAAGCUGUGUUUGAAGCCACACAGAGCGACUCUACAUUCUACACAGAGGAUACAUUUGAAAGAGCCUUUCAGACCAGUCAUUUUGCUGACGAAGAGGAAAAUGAACUUAUCUUUAAAGAAAUGAAUUCAUUGAAUGCGCUUCGACGAACACCUGGAGAAAAGGAGACUAAAGCAGCCUCGUUUUCGGAAAAUAGAACAAAGAACAGAUCACGAGCAGUAAUUCCCGCUGACAGACACAGGGUAAUGUUAUCGUCCCCAGCUCCAGGCACCAAUGACUACAUCAAUGCUGUGUCUCUACCGUUCUUUGCACACAAGGGCGAGUUUUUGGUCACUCAGAUGCCACUGAAGAAAACAGUGGUGGAUUUUUGGAGGAUGGUAGUAGAGCGAGGCUGCAACCUCAUUGUAACGCUUGAUGCACCAGACAGUGUGUCAUCAGACGAGGAUGUUGGUGUCUACUUGCCGAGGAGUAAUGAGCCCAUCACCUGCAGUCCAUUCAUUGUUCUUCACAAUGGAGUGAAUACUCCAUGUGAAGGUGUCACAGAGACCUUCCUUACUGUCAAGAGGGAAGGCUUAUACGCCAACGAGGAUAUCACAUCUGUUAGUUUGCUGACGUUCAAUGACUGGCCGAAAGAUCAGGAAGUCCCACCUCAUACGAAGACUGUCAUCAGGUUCCUCAACAACCUUGACCAGAGGAUGAUGAACUUGGCAAGCAAGCCUGUUGUAGUUCACUGCUUUGAUGGUGCUACUCGGAGCGGUUUGAUCUGUUGUCUGAUGAACAUCAUGAGUCGCCUGAAGUUGGACAAAGAAAUCGACAUCCAUCUGUCUGUGAGGGAAUUGAAGCAGCGGAGACGUCAGUUCAUACCUAGUUCCGUCCAAUUGAGGUUUUGCUUUGCAAUAGUGAAGGAUUACCUGAAUGCUAACCGUGUUUCAAGGCACCUGUGAAGCAGACAAGUAAAGCCCCGGCUAUAUCUGCAGAUGUCUACCAUAAGUCUAAAAACAAUUUAUUAGAUCCUGCUAUUUACCACGGGCAGAGGAUUAUGAGACAAACUACAGACUACCACCAACAAUCCAACCACACAGAACAACAGACACUGAACACAUCACCAUUAUAAUUUUUCCCACACAAGACACAGAAAAUACAAUCAAUUCUUAUAAAAAAACCAGCCUAUAAUACGCUGAGAUUUUGGAAAGACGAUACGUCAUACCUUGAGAAAUAUGAAAGUAUAUAUAUAUACUGACUAUAAAAGCCCAGUGUCAACCCUUGCCGAACUUGGCUGGUAUUAUGGAGU